GGAGGAACACGCCGCCGCGCCCUCACCCUCUCCUAUGCGCUCCGGCCGCCGGCCCCACGCUGCUCGCGUCACCCACCGCUGGGAGCCGGAGCAGGCACCCGGCCCUAACGUAGCUGGGGCGGAGGUCCUCCUCGCUUCCCAGGAACCCCAGAGCCAAGCAUUCGCCGCGGAGGACCACUCCGGGGCAGGAGGCGCCCACGGCCCCGUGAGCGAGCGCCGGCUGCGCCAGACCGUGGCCUGAUGGACACCUGGUGUAGACAAUGAGGGAAGGACUCGCUUCCCACACCCAAGAGGUGACCCCGGAGCAAGGCUCGGAUGACCCUACGUGCUGGAACAAUGCAGCUGGCCUGCAUGUUUUCAUCCAUCCUGCUGUUCGGGGCCGCAGGCCUCCUCCUCUUCAUCAGCCUGCAGGACUCCACGGAGCUCACCCCCCGGCAGGUGCCAGGUGUAAAGUUCGACAUCAGGCUACAGCAGCCCCACAAUGACUUCCCACCAGGCAGUUCCCAGGAUGGUGACUUUAAGGCCCCCGCAGAGAGGGUCAUCCGAGACGUGCCCGGCCCAGCACCCAGAGGCCUCAACCCGCUGGUGCCUGGCCAACCUCAAGCACGCCUGGGGGCCCGUCUGCGACCAAGGCAGCGCCGCCGCCGGCUGCUUAUCAAGAAAAUGCCAGCUGCAGUGGCCAUCGCGGCCAACAGCUCGGCCGGUGCCUUUGUCCGGACAGCAGCCCUGGCCCUGGAUGGCCACUGGGUCAGCCUGCACCAGAGGCAGCAGGAGCGCAAGCGGGUGAUGUGGGAGGCGUGCGCCAAGUACCGCGCAAGCGGCAGCCGCAGGGCGGUCACACCCCGCCACGUGUCCCGCAUCUUCGUGGAGGACCGCCACCGCGUGCUGUACUGCGAGGUGCCCAAGGUGGGCUGCUCCAACUGGAAGCGGGUGCUCAUGGUGCUGGCCGGGCUGGCUUCGUCCACCGCCGACAUCCAGCACAACACCGUCCACUACAGCAGCGCCCUGAAGCGGCUGGACACCUUCGACCGCCAGGGCAUCCUGCACCGCCUCAGCACCUACACCAAGAUGCUCUUCGUCCGCGAGCCCUUCGAGAGGCUGGUCUCCGCCUUCCGCGACAAGUUCGAGCACCCUAACAGCUACUAUCACCCCGUCUUCGGCAAGGCCAUCCUGGCGCGGUACCGGGCCAACGCCUCCCGGGAGGCCCUUCGGACGGGCUCCGGCGUGCGCUUCCCGGAGUUCGUCCAGUACCUGCUGGACGUGCACCGGCCGGUGGGCAUGGACAUCCACUGGGACCACGUCAGCCGGCUCUGCAGCCCCUGUCUCAUCGACUAUGACUUUGUGGGCAAGUUCGAGAGCAUGGAGGAUGAUGCCAACUUCUUCCUGCGCCUCGUCCACGCGCCGCAGAACCUGACCUUCCCGCAGUUCAAGGACCGGCACUCGCAGGAGGCGCGGACCACCGCGCGGAUCACCCGCCAGUACUUCGCGCAGCUCUCGGCCCCGCAGCGGCAGCGCGCCUACGACUUCUACUACAUGGACUACCUGAUGUUCAACUACUCCAAGCCCUUCGCUGACCUGUACUGACGGCCAGCGGCGGGGUGUGGGCGCCCUGCCCACCCACUCACCUGUCCCCAGGGCGGGGUCCCUCAGCCAGGAGCCUAGAUGCGCCCAGAGCACGUGGGCUCUGAGGACAGAAGGCACUGUGGCUGGCGCAGGCCUUUGGUGGGGGACAGGGGCCCAGGCCUUGGUUAGGGACCCUGGCCUGAGUUUCAUAGCUACUUCCUUGCUCCUCUGCUGAGGGGUUUACAAGAGGGAGUGUGUAAGCUGGAUACCCCAGGAGCCCCAGCUGCCCACACACAGCUCAGCUCAGUGGAGAGUCAGGAUGACCAGGGAAGCCUGAGGCCCAGCAGAGGAGGGCCCAGCGGUAAGGGAUUUCCUACAGUCCCUUAGCCAUUGCCUUGUACCAAACCAAAUGGUUUGCAGCUUUUCUA